AUGUAUAAACCAAUAAAACAGCAUUUUCAGAUUAAUAUGCCACUAUUUACAAAGUUCGUUGAGCCAGGCCGCCUAUGUUUGAUCACAUAUGGCCCAGAAGCUGGAAAGCUUUGCUUUGUCGUCGAUAUUGUGAAUGCUUCCAGAAUUUUGGUUGAUGGUGGAAACGUCACCGGCGUUGAGAGACAGCAAAUUCCAAAGACAUGGCUCAAGUUGACCGAUGUCAAGAUUGAUCUUCAGAGAGGCUCAAAAACCGGCACCUUACAUAAGGCUGCCACUGCACAAGAUGCUCUUGGCCUUUUCCAGAAGACAGCUUUGGGCAAGAAGUUGCAUUUAGCCGAGAAGAAGAAGAGUCUCACUGACUUUGAGCGCUUCAAGUUGUCCUUUGCCAAGAAGGAAAGGAGAGCACUAGUCAAGGCCUAA